AUGGCUGCCACCUUUCAUUUUGCGAUGGAAACUCCUCCAGAUUCGAUGUUUUCAGAAAUACAGACUCUCAAUAAAUUUAACGAAGAGCAAUUCAAGCAAAUAGUUACCAUUGUCUUAACCUUCCUUCUGGAGCCAGCAAAGUCAAGUCAGUUGGUAGUUCAUCUUGAUGACUUUGCCAGAGAUGAAGGUAUCAGUGCAGCCCCUUUAAGAAAUAUCGUCAGAAGCCUCAUCACAAUACUCAACAAUGCAGUGAAGAGAAACAUGACUCCAUCUCAGCUGAAUGAAGACCUGGUAAAUCUUGGUUUAUCAGAAGAAAAAUCAUCUUAUUUAUCAGAUCAGUGGAAGAGCAAUCUAUUGGGUUUAUCAAGAACAGCCGUUGGUCAGACGCUGAUGGUCAACCAGCUCAUGGAUAUGGAGUGGAAAUUUGGAGUGACUGCAGCCAGUAGUGAACUUCAACAAGUUGGGAGUACAUUCCUGCAGCUGAAACUGGUUGUGAACAAAGGGAAUAAGACAGAAAAUGUAUUUAUGGAACUUUCAGUGCCACAGUUUUACUCAUUCCUCCAUGAGAUGGAAAAAGCCAAAAUGAGUCUGGAGUAUUUUAGUUAGCAGCUCUUAGUAUGCUCAUCAGCAUGCAUGGACAUCAGGUACCACUCUUUAUUAUUUCCUUUUCUAAAGAAUUCUCACGUGGAGUCCAAGUUGAACAAAGACAAUCUUUGCGGGGUCUAUUGUUUUAAAUAACUCACAAGGGCGAGUGGGUAGGUCCACUCAGCUGUGUGUGGUGCAUACACUUUGUGGACGUUUCUUAAGAAGAAAAAAUAUUCUUCAACACUGUCAUGACUGUAAAGUAACAGUGUGGAUGUGUACGUGUAUGUCCACAUAGUGUUUCAAAGCCCUUUAUUUUGUGGACCUCUUUUGUUCCCAGGUCCACAAUUCGUAUGUAGCCAUUGAACACCUUUUGGCUCCCAAGUUGCAGGAAUUUGCACAGGUUGUGUGACUGAUACAAUUAAAAUGAUCUCCAUUUGUAUUUAUUGUACUCUAAAUUUCUAUUUUGUAAUUGAAUAACAAAUUUGUAAUUAAUAUUUUAUUAUGGCUAACAGCAAUUAAUAUAAUGUUUUAUGCACAGUUGUACUGUUCAUGAACAAUGUAUAUAAAGUAAAGAAGAGGCCCAAAUAUUGGCAGCAUAUUGCGCCACAGCACCUUGUAAACCAUUACAUGGUGUUAUGUAAAAGGAGUAGGUCUCGUACUGUAAAUCAAAUGUAGUUCCACAUACCUUGCAGGAAAAUACUGAAUGUUGAAGAGCUUUGAGCGUCACUGAGUAACGGAUAUGUGCGCUAUGUAAGAAGCCACCAUUAAAUAUGCUGAGUAAGAUUAAUAUUAACUCAAAUUAUUACAUUACAUGUAACAAAACUGCAAGACAUCAUGUAAAUGAGGUUUGUUAUUAAGCCUGGGCGACAAGUGAAAAUUACCACUCGACUAGUCGCACCUCAAAUAGUCGCGACUUUGACACUGGUCGCGACUAAUUCUUUAUUCCAAAGAUCUAUUCCGGCAUAAUGUUUGCCGGAAGCGCAAUAUACUAAAAGCAAAUGUGCUGAAAGGAUUGAAGGAUUGUGUCACUGAUGCCUGAUUGUGUUUUCUAAGUAAAUUAUGUUGGGAGAGAAUAGUUGAGAGCGACACAUUGGUUCACCGAACAGGAAGUCGCGACUAUUUUUGUAGCAAGCACAACUAUUUUCGUGGUAGUUGUUAAGCACGAUUAAGUGAGUAGUUGAAAAAAGGUAGUCGCAACUCCACUAAGCAAUUAAUAGUCGCGACUUCAACAUACAUUUAAGUCGCCCUGGCUUAUAGUUACCAUAUAUAUUUGAAAGUAAGCUUUUGGAUAGAAAUUACAAAAUUUAUUUUUAUUUUUUACUAUUACUAUUAUUAUUAUUAUUUAUAUUAUCAUUAUUUUUUAUUAUUAUUAUUUCUUUUUUUGGGGGGGGGGUCAUAAUAUGAUCAUAUAUUUAAUUUCAAAAGCAGUUUUCUGCAAACAUACAUGUGAAAUAAAAUGCACCGUAGGAUUAGUUUGUUCAUUGGAUGUCGCUAAAGCGGUGUUCGUGCGUGUUUUAAAAAAUGGUACCACGAUCAUAAAGCGCAUGACAAGUAGAAUAGUGCCUGGGCUUCAUGAGUACUCGCGUGCGGGCUUGGAAAAUAGCAAGAAGAGCACCUAUGUAGCACCUGAUAAUGAAUGGACCAGUAAGAACUCUACUCUCGGUUAUGAAUAUGUAUGAGGUAUAGUAACACAAUAUAAUAACUUUACACCAAGUAAGUUCUAGAAAGAUGUUUUAAAGAAAUAAAAAUGUGCAGAAUAAAACCACUUUUACAAAGUAUUGUGUUUGAAAAGUUUGGUUUAAUGGCUUUUUUAACCCCAAUAUUAUACAAUGGUUAUUAUGAAGUAAAGCGUACAAAAAUAAAGUUAUACAAAAGUUAUAUUUUUGCACAUUUGACCAUCAGACAAUAGCAUUAAGCACUGCAAAGCAAUUUCUCUAAUAAUGUGCAUCCUUACCAUAAAUGAUAUAAAUAUACCCAAGUUUACACUGUAUUUAUAUACAGUAAUGUUUAAAGCCGCAACCCACAAAAAAAACUGCAGUAACUGCAAAUACCUGAACCUACAUUGGCAAAUUUUUGUUUGUUGAAAUGUUGGGCACCUCUGUUGAAGCUUAAUAAUAAAGCCAUUGGAAACUUUCGGAACAGAACAAAAAUAAAAGUUCACAGAUUUACAAAUAACUUACAGGG